AUGCAAUGCCACGACUGCCAUCAUCUUCUGCGUAUCGAUCUUCAUACGCAUAUUAUGCCGCCCUCUCUACCAGAUCUCUCCUCAUACUCCUCAAGCUCUACAGAUUCCCCAUGGUUGUCUCUCCGGGCAAAUCCCAAGAACCCAGAAGACAUAGACAUGUACGUAGGCGAUCGCUUCUUCCGUACAGUCGGCCGGAACUGCUACGACGUCAACACACGUCUAGCAGAGAUGGACGCCACAGGAACCGAUAUCCAAGUGCUCAGCACGAUCCCCAUUCUCUUCUUUUACGACCAGCCCGCUAAGCCAGUAACGAUUCUAGCCAAGCAUCUGAACAACCACAUCGCUGGUCUCUGUACACAACAUCCCGCCCGGUUUCUAGGCCUAGCAACAGUGCCACUGCAGGAUGUCCCAGCAGCAGUAGCAGAGCUGCAUCGAGCGAAGAGCGAGCUCCACCUACAUGGCGUGGAGAUCGGCACGACCAUCGACGGAAUCACACUAGAUGACCCGCAGUUAGACCCAUUCUGGCAGGCAUGUGAGGAGCUCGAGAUGCCCAUCUUCAUUCACCCGCUGGGUUACACCUGGCUGAAAGAGAACCCAAAACUCUGGUCCAGGUACUGGAGCUCGUGGCUGGUCGGCAUGCCCAGCGAGACAGCGCUUGCCUUGCAUCUCCUCAUUUGCUCGGGGACGCUGCUACGAUUCCCUCGGCUUCGACUGUGCUUUGCUCAUGCGGGCGGCUCUUUUCCUGCAUUGUUGGGGCGUAUUCAGCAUGGAUAUGACUGUCGGCCGGAUCUCGUAGCCACGGAUGCAGGCGGUGUCACUCCCAUGGAACACGCGACAAUACGUGAUAAUAUCUGGAUUGACAGUCUUACUCACGAUGUUGAUCUUCUUGAGUUUCUGGUGAAGAAGGUCGGACCACAUCGGAUCGUUAUGGGCAGCGAUUAUCCGUUUCCAUUGGGAGAAGUCCCGGAAGCUGGUAGAAUGAUUGCACGAGAUAAGCGCUUGGAGAAGUUCCUUUCACAGAAGCAAAGAGCGGAUAUGUUGGCUGGUAAUGCGCUGCGAUUUCUCAAUCUGGACGCGGAUGAGAAAUGGAGGGAUGUACUGCAAAGGCGACUGAGGGCCUGUGAGAAGGGACAUCGGUUGAAGCACUAUUUAUCUUAG